CGCUUUUAAUAUGAGCAGGACCUCAAAAAGUUGCAGUCUGUCUUAGCAACCAGACGCUCUUGCCUGGAUACAGACUGAUGGCUAACACUGGCUAAAGCAACCAGCGAGGUUUGCUGCUGUUCAGUUCUCCAUGGAAAAUAAUUUUGAUUUAGAUGUACACUAAAUUUAGCCGAUUGAUAUUUAAACGGUCUCCUGUCGUAGUUACUAUUUACAAGCACAACGUUAGAAGCUAGCACAGCUAGCGCUGAUGUGUGGUGACUUCGUACUCUUACUUGCUGACCUCAGUUAUUACAGAGAUAUGUUGUCAAAUGAGAAGCAAAAGAACCGCAGUGAAGAGGAAGUGAUCAAAAAACUGUGCAUGGCUAAUGGAGUCCCCUAUGAAAAAAUUGCACAAGAGGGAAGCAACAUCACAUCACUGGAGAUGUUCUUCUCUGGUUUCCCCCGCAUGAUUGGCCUUUCCUUCUUCCCAAGGCUGUCCCAGCUUACCAUAAUAGGCCAGAACAUAGAGCACAUUGAUGGGCUUGAGUGCUGUCCUCUGCUUCAGGAGCUCUGGAUAGUCCAGUGCCAUCUGACGGAAAUAUCUGGACUACAGAACUGCCUGCAGCUGGAGAAACUGUACCUUUAUGAGAACAAAAUCUGUGAAAUAAAGAAUCUGGACUUGCAGGUCCACCUAGAGGUGCUGUGGAUCAAUAACAACUGCAUAACUAAGAUUAAGGGCUUGGACACACUUCUAGACCUUAAAGAACUAAACCUUGCUGACAACAUUAUUGAAAAGAUCGGGCACAGCCUUGAUCCUAAUGUCAACCUUCAGAAACUCAAUCUGUCUGGAAACAAGAUCAGCUCCUUUAAGGUAAGAUUAAAAAUGAAAACAUGCUUUUGAAAUACUUUCUCUAAAAACUUUUCUUACUUAUUUUGUAAAAUCUUAUUAAAAUCCUUGGUCUGACAAAAGGGCAUUUCUAAAUUCUUGGGAGAAUGCCGGGGUCUCGGCUAGUUCACAUUUUCAAUCAU